AUGGGACGUAGAGUAACCAAUACCCGUGAUGUGUAAGUAACCUUUUACUAUGUAGUUUUACCUCGUUUUAUGGCGCAAAGCAUAUUCUUUUAAUUAAAAUGUUAAAAAAGAAAUUAUUUUAUGAAAAAUAUGUUUUUUGUCUUAUAAUGUCACAAACAUUGUUUUAGAAAAGGGUACAUAGCCAUCGAUAAGGUGCGAAAUCAAGACAAUUCUCCAAGCGAAUCUGAAGGUAGAGACAGAAGAGGUUCAUCUGACGAUGCGCUCGAAGCAACAGUUGAAGAAGCAAAAGUAGGUCUUCAACAAAAAUAAAUUUUUGAAUAAAACUUUCAAAAUUCGUUUUAUUUUAUUAAAUUUUGUUCUUUUCUUUUGAUCAUCCGGACGCGAACCGGGCGCGAGCGGGUAAAGUAAAAAAAUAAAUUUCUCCAUAAUUAUUCAUUUUUUAAUGUAUUUUAGGCCGCUUUAAGAGCAGAAGCUAGUAGCGGUAGUCUCAGAACGAUUCGUCUGGCUGAACAACCUCAACCUUCACUGGUCGAUUUCUUUCUGGACGAUGCCGCUUACGAAAAGACCGAUCUGACCAAUGUUGUUCUACCUUCACCACCAAAAGACUCUUAUCGUGGCAAAGCUCCAAAAAUUGAGAAGAUUCCGAAUUGGAACAAUAUGGCUGACAGUCGCCUACAAGACAGAUUCAUGUCUGAACGUGUACCUUUAAAGGAUUUGGAGGAGAGAGCGGCCAGGAAGGAGAGAGGUCCCAGAACCAAUGAGAACAGCGCUAAAGACAGUUAUCUUGAAGUUAUCAAAGGUAGGUAACGUUGCUCAUAUGUCUUUUAUCUAUAACAACUUAUUUGUAAUUUUUUAAGGCUUUUGUGGGUAAAAAAUGGAUAUUUUGAAUGGAAAAGGUAUGUUUUUUAACAAAAAAUAUUGUUUUAGAUUCAAACGAUCUCGUCAAACAUUUUCAGAAGUCUCAGGAACAGAAAGAUGCUAGGAAACUCCAAAGACAAAAGAGAAAGGACAAGAAAUCUAAGGAGAUGAAGAAGUUGACCUCUCUCCAUCUGAAUCAGAAGGAAGAAAUCGCUCUGAAUAUGGCCAAAACUCGACACGAAGAAGCUCGACGACUAGUCAUGGAGAAGAAGAAGAAGACUAAAGAAGCACAACGUCAAGAAGAAGAAGCUUUGUCCAACUACGCCUCAGCCAAACGAGACUUUGAGAAGGUGAAGAAAUCGAUCAAGAACAUGAGACGGAGUAAUGUUGGUGGAGGUAGGUCGAUAUUUUUCAGGUAAAGAUAUAAGUCAAGUUUUUUAAAGGAAAUUGUUGAUUUCAGUUAACUUACACGCUGUUCUUUAGAUACUCAAGUAAAGGCGGCCGAGCUGAUCAAUCGUUAUCGUGAGAUUGCCGAAAGAAAUAGAAGAGGAGCGACCAACACUACCAGUACCACCAACCUUAUUAAGGAUCUGUUGGAAAUUCCAGAACCUGAGGUUGAUGAAAAUGGCUUGGGGUCUUUGGAUGUUGAUUAUGUGGCUAGCGAGGCUACUUUGAGUAAGGUUCUGUUAUAUUGGCUUAUAUGGUUAUUUUGUAAUUUUAAGCAUUAUGCAAAUUACAUCAGUGAUCGUUAAGUUGCUUUUUGUAGACAUUGACUCGGAUGAAGCUGCGAAAUACAUGAAGAUCUUGCAAAAGAAGCUACGGAAGUACCAUUCGUCAAACUCAAGGAAAGAAGAAUCUGACGAAGAGCAGCCACGCAGCGCUUCUGAAUCCUCAUCCGCUUCCAACUUUUAG